AUGUUCUAUAUUGGAGAUAAUUCAAUAAAAGGGACUAUUCCCACUUCAUUGGGAAAUAUUUCCACUCUGCAAUUUCUUUAUUGUGGAAACAAUCGCAUAGUGGGUCAAAUUCCUCAAGAAUUAGGGAAGCUAUCAAAUUUGAAGGAAUUGAGCUUUAGUCAGAAUUAUAAUCUUAUUGGUCAAAUUCCAGAGGCUAUUUUCAAUAUAUCUUCCUUGGAAAUAAUCAAUUUCCGUUUCAAUAACCUCUCGGGGAGAAUUCCAGCCACUACAGGUCUUCAUCUUCCGAGCCUUAAAGGACUUUACCUGGGAAAAAAUCAGCUGGAAGGGGAAAUUCCAUUGUUCAUAACAAAUGCUUCCAAGCUCGAGAAACUGGUGCUAGCAAGGAACUUUCUCACAGGCGCUAUUCCUACUAAUUUAGGAAAUCUUCGUGAGCUGCAAUCACUGUUUCUACAUCAUAAUCAACUUACCAAUGAACCAAGAGAGCGUGAGUUGCGAUUCUUCAAUUCUUUGGCAGAAUGUAGGAUGUUGAAAUAUCUAGAAGUGGGUGCCAAUCCGUUGACUGGUGUUCUGCCCAAUUCUAUUGGGAAUCUUUCAUCUACAAUUGAAGACUUUACUAUAGCAGAUGCACACAUCAACGGCAUCAUCCCCACAAGUAUAGGCAACAUAAGCGGUCUAAUGCGCCUAACCUUUCAAGGAAACAACUUGGCAGGGAAUAUUCCUUCUGAGAUUGGUAAGCUUAAGCAACUCCAAGGGAUGAAUCUACAAAACAAUAAAUUGCAGGGAUAUAUUCCAGAGGCAGCAUGCCAUUUGUCUAAUUUGUUUCAAUUAAUUCUGGCUGGUAAUGAGCUCUCUGGAUCAAUUCCAGAAUGCUUAGGAAAUCUUAGCAUGCUACAACAUCUUUAUUUGGGUUCUAAUAAAUUUUCAUCAAAAUUUCCGUUGAGCCUUUGGAAGAUGAGUGGCCUUCUCUCUCUAAGCGUGUCACAAAAUUCUAUAGAGGGAGAAGUUCCAUCAGAUAUUGGAGGACUGAAAGCCAUUAUAGAACUAGAUCUCUCCAGUAACCACUUUUCAGGCAUGAUACCAACCAGAUUCGGGGAACUCCAAAACCUGCAGUCUCUUGACCUAUCGAACAAUUCAUUUUUUGGCCAAAUUCCAUUAUCCUUUGCCAACUUGAUAAGCUUAGUAUUCUUGGAUUUGUCUUUAAAUGCAUUGUCAGGUACUAUUCCUAAGUCAUUGGAAAAACUCUCGUCCUUGAAAAGCAUUAAUGUUUCAUUUAAUGGUUUAGAAGGUGAAAUACCCAGUGACGGUGUGUUUGCAAAUUCCACUCUGAAAUCAUUUCUCGGGAACAAAGGUCUAUGUGGAGCACACAUAUUGGAGAUUCCUUCUUGUGCUAUCACGAAUCCUGGACAACAAUCAAAGCUAAAGGAGAUUGUGCUAAAAAUUGUUACUCCAGUGAUUAUUUCAUCCUUUCUGAUAUUUUUGUUGGUUUCAAUUUGGAUAAUGAAACGACAGAAGAAAGGAAAGUCCAAAGAUGUGGAAAAAGUACCGGAGAUCGGGACUUAUCAAUUUAUUUCUUAUCACGAGAUUCAACGAGCAACAAAUAAUUUUGAUGAAUCAAAUUUAAUUGGUGUGGGAAGUUCUGGCUCUGUGUACAAAGGCACAUUAUCUAGUGGAAGUGUAGUGGCGAUAAAGGUUCUGGAUUUGGAAAAUGAGCAAGUAUGCAGAAGGUUUGAUACUGAAUGCGAAGUGAUGAGAAAUGUUAGACACAGAAAUCUUGUUCCGGUGAUUACUACUUGUUCUAGUGACUAUAUAAGAGCCUUUGUUCUGCAAUAUAUGCCCAACGGGAGUCUUGAGAAUUGGUUGUACAGAGAAGAUUGCCACUUGAACUUUCAUCAAAGAGUCGCCGUAAUGCUUGAUGCAGCUAUGGCAAUUGAAUAUCUACAUCAUGGUAAUGUUACUCCAAUUGUUCAUUGUGACCUAAAGCCAGCCAACGUUCUUUUGGAUGAAGAUAUGGUGGCUCGUGUUGGUGAUUUUGGAAUCUCUAAAAUUUUAACCAUAAGCAAGUCCAUGGCUUAUACUGAGACAUUGGGCGGCACUCUUGGAUACAUUGCACCAGAAUAUGGCUCGGAGGGAAUAGUGUCCGCUAGUGGUGAUGUUUAUAGUUACGGCAUCAUGUUGAUGGAGGUUUUGACCAAAAGAAGGCCAACAGAUGAAGAGAUAUGCAAUAAAAAUCUUGACUUGAGGAAAUGGAUCACACAAUCAUUUUCAGGGACUAUGAUGGACGUUGUGGAUGCCAAUCUUUUUUCCGAGGAAGAACAGAUCACUUCCCAAAGUGAAAUCUGCAUAGCCUCCAUGAUAGAAUUGGGUUUAGACUGCACAAAGGAAAUGCCAGAAUUAAGAAUAACCAUGAAAGAAGUAGUCAAGAGGCUUAACAAAAUCAAGAACACAUUUCUGGAAACAUAGAAGUGAUCAGCAUCUCUUUCGAUAGUGUUCUUUUCUGAUGCUUUUUGGUUUCUUUAGUAAAGUCGUCGUAUAGUAUUGACUUGGAGUCAUGUAUUGUUUGUAAUUUCAUUUGCGUGGUUUUGAACCUGUUCUACUUUUAGUUAUUUGUAAUUAUGUUUUGAAUGCUAGCUAUAAAGAAACCAGAAUGAAAUUAAUAAAGGUGUUUAGCUGCACUAUUUUGCUUUAUGUUCAUUAGCUUCUUCAUU